AGUAUCAACUGAUCCAUCAUUAAGUUGGCUUUUUCUCCAAAAAAUUAUUCACAAUAGAUAUUUUGAAAUCAUCUGAAUAAAAUUCGUAAGUAUACGCGAUAGUCUUGAUACCACAAUAUUAUACUAUCACAAUCCACAGAUAUUGUUUUAAACUUAAUAUAGAUGGCAUUGCUGAUAAAAUCCGCCAUUAAUUGUUGUCGCCUUACCGCUCGACCUAAACAUUUAAUCGUUUCACAGUUAAACGCCGCGUUCAUUGCUCGUUCAUCUUACUCGACAAAAUCCGCCGCCAUGCUUGAACACGAAGUCGUACCAGAUGUGAUUGCCGUUGCGCCCAGCGACAAAAUUGAAGUAUCAUACCCAAGUGGAGUGAUUGUUAAUAUGGGUAAUGAACUCACACCUACUCAAGUAAAAGAUGAACCGUCUGUAAGCUGGCCUGCUGAUGCAAAUGCUUUGUAUACUCUUUGUAUGACAGAUCCUGAUGCUCCGAGCCGUAAGGAACACACAUUCAGAGAAUGGCAUCAUUGGCUUGUUGGAAAUAUUCCGGGUAAUGAUAUUGCUAAGGGUGAAACACUUUCUGAAUAUGUAGGCUCAGGACCACCACCAGAGACUGGACUUCACCGUUAUGUAUUCUUAGCUUAUAAACAACCGUCAAAGUUGAAUUUUGAUGAACCUCGUUUAACUAACAGAUCGGCAGAAAAGCGUGAAAAAUUUUCUAUCGCUAAAUUUGCACUUAAAUACAAUUUGGGAAAUCCAGUGGCCGGAAAUUUCUAUCAAGCUCAAUAUGAUGAUUAUGUUCCAAUACUAUACAAACAGCUUGGUGCUUAAGUUAUUAUAUAAAUAUAUAUUUCAGUGCUCACUGUUCACUUGCAUAAUCAAAUAUUACUCAAUAUAUAA